AUGGGUUCCUCGAAGAAAAUGGAUCACAAUUCGGGAAUGAAAGAACGUCAGAAACCUGUUCGACAAAACGCCUCAACAAAAAAGCAUCUCGACCCUUCUUCAGUGAAAGCCGGGAAAGACCGCCACACGAAGAUCGACGGCCGAGACUGCAGGAUCCGCCUCCCGGCGGCAUGCGCGGCGCGUGUGUUUCAGCUCACUCGUGAGCUGGGUCACAAAACUGAAGGCCAGACCAUCGCGUGGCUGCUAGAGCACGCCGGGGCAGCGAUAGGGAACGAUGGCGAUACCAACGCAAAAAAUGCUUCUAGUCCGGUUCCUCAUGACAUAGACAGUAGUUUGGUUGGCAUCGAUUUGGUUAAGAACGAGUACAGUGGGCUUCCGAGGGUUCAGCAGGCGCCGGCGUUCGAGAUUGAUCAUCUUUUGACCAACUUUGAUUUGGACUUUCCGGGCAAUGAGAUGGGGAUUCUGCAACCACUGUUGAUGGCCGAGGAGACGGAGGAGGAGACUGGUGAGAAGAUGGCGAAUAUGUAA